CCUCACUUACUUCCACGUCUUCUAUGAUUUGUGUUUUAAUCAUUAAUCAAUCGUUAAUUAAAAAGGAUAAAUAUAAAAUAACAGCUGGAAUAGAACGAGGAAGGUGUGAGUGAUUCUUUGGUGUCGUUUUCGUGAUGUUUUAAGAAAGGAUAACGUUCCUAUUGAUAGAACAAUAUCGUUAAUUUAUAAAAUCAAUAGGGUAUAAUGGAUAGUAACUACAUAAAAUUAAUAAUUUCCGUUUUAACCGUACUUGUUACAUUAAUUUUAUAUGUUGUUUAUCAAAGAGCAAGGAAGUCUCGUAGAAGUAUUUUGUUGGUUGGAUUACGAGAGAGUGGCAAGACAUUAACCUUCACCCAGCUAAUACAUGGACAAUAUGUAGAAACAUUUACUUCAAUUAAAGAAAAUAUAGGAGAUUAUGAAACAAAUAAUGGCACUGUUCGUAUUAUUGAUAUUCCUGGACAUGAACAGCUAAGAUACAAAUUCUUUGAUAAAUAUAAAUCCAAUGCAAGAGCAUUAGUUUAUAUAAUUGACUCAACAUUAAAUUCAGCCAAUUUAAGAGAUACUGCAGAAUGUUUAUAUAAUAUAUUGUCAGACUCUGUUGUUAUUAAUAACAGACUACCUGUUUUGGUUCUAUGCAACAAACAGGAUAUUUCUACAGCUUCAAAUAAUGAUCUUUUAAAACAACAAUUAGAGGAAGAAUUUGCUCUCUUACGUGUUACAAAAUCACAUCAGUUAGAAUCUGUAGAUUUAAAGGCCCAGAAAAGUGCUUUCUUGGGAAGAGAAGGAGAAAAAUUUAAAUUUGAAGAUCUGCCUAUUAAAGUGUCUUUUGCUGAAACAUGUGCAAUAUUAAAAGACAAUUACUCUUCUAAAAAGGGACUGGAUGAUUUUAAAAAAUGGCUCAUAAAAGUAGCUUAGUAAUAGAAUUUCUUGUGAAUGUAUUUUCAUUACUUUGUAAUAAAAGGUUUUGAAAAAUAAAACAUGUUAUUGUUUAAU